AUGAUCAGAGAGUCAAAACGGCUAGUGAUUGCUGCCAAGCUUGGGUUCAACCAUCAGAUUGCAAAGGAUGUGGUGGACAACAAAAUCUGGAUUUUGGCUAGGAGCCACAUCCAAAUUCAGACCAUCCGGGCUACUGGACAAAGCAUCGCCAUUAGGAUCACAGAGGAGAGCCUUCCCCACCCAAUAUUCAUCACGGCUGUGUAUGUUAGCUGUUUUAAACACCAACGAAAGGCUCUAUGGGAUGAGCUGAGAAGCACUUUCAACACUACAAUGGGCCCAUGGAUGGUUUGUGGGGAUUUCAAUACUACUAUUAGUCCUGAUGAGCGUCUUGGUGGCCCCGUGCAGAUGACAACAGCUAUGAUAGACUUUCAAGAGGCCAUUCAUGAUAUAGGGCUGAUAGACAUAGGUUUUUUUGGUUCCCCUUUCACAUGGUGCAAUAACAGAACGGGCAGAAGCUGCAAAUGGGCUAGGCUCGACAGAAUCUUGAUCAACUCUAAUUGGAUGAGAAGCUUUCCGAGCUUGAAGGCUAGCUGGGACAACGAGAUCUUCGCCACCUCGAUGUACAAGUUCUUUAUCAAGAUGAAGAAUCUUAAGGCGGUGUUGAGAACAUGGAACAAAGACACAUUUGGAGAUGUCAGUAGAAACGUGCAGGAAGCUGAAAAUGAAGUUGCCAAGGCUGAGGUCUCUCUCCUCAAUAUGCAAAUUGAAGCAGACACUAUCAAGCUCAAUUUGGCCCACGCUACUCUGAAAAGGGCCUAUCUCCGGGAGGAAAUUUUCUGGAAGUAG